AUGAAGCUACGACUUCAACAGGUUCAACAGGCUCAACAGGACGAAAGCCGGUCCAAGGAUAACCUAGAAGGAGAAGGGGAUAGCCACAGGAGAGGUACCCCUCAAAGGCCAACUACUCCGGACGAACAGAACUCAGAUCUCCUUCGAGAAAUGAGGAAGGAGAUGGACGAACUAAGGAGCGCCAUUAAGGAGAAGACGGACCGAAGCGUAGACAAAAUGGACGAGCAUUAUCUCAAAUGGCCUAGACCAUUGCACUCAUCCCCUAAUGUCCGUGACAAGAACAAGUACUGCCGGUUCCACAAAGAUCACGGCCACAACACGGAAGAUUGCAGAGACCUAAAGGAGCAAAUAGAGGAGUUAAUACGGAAAGGGAAGUUACAGAAAUAUGUGAAGAAAGGAAAAUAUAGCAAGUUCAGGGACGACAAUAAAAUCCAGCAUGAAUCCUUCUCCUGGGAUGACGACAGUCCGUCCCAGCCUCCACACAAGGUGAUCGGGGAGAUAAACACGAUUGCAGGAGGGCCGUUUUUAGGAGGGUCGUUUAAAUCACUCAAAAAGGCCUACCAGAGACAGGUGAACAGCAUCCACGUCGUACCUCCGUCCAAGCACCGACGAACAUACCAGGAAAUGUCCUUCAGUGAAGGAGACGCAAUGGGAGUGAAGCAGCCCCACAACGAUCCCUUGGUCAUAAUGCUGAAUAUAAAGGGGUUCAAUACUAAGAGGAUCCUCGUCGAUAAUGGUAGCUCCGCAGACAUCAUCUACCUCCCAGCCUUCCAACAGCUGAGACUAGAUCCGAAAAGACUGCGCCCUUUUGACUCUCCACUCGUCAGCUUCAGUGGAGACAGGGUCUAA